AUGGGCGUAGUACCUGCAGAUAACAAGACACGCCCAGAAACCAAUAACAUCAACAGAAGCAGCAGCAGCGGUAGCGGCAAACCCUGUGGGGCGAAGGCCGUGUCGUCUCUUCAACAGCUGCAACAGCAUCAGUGUGUUGCCCCUACGGAGCACCAGCCACCACCAUCUCCACCACCUCUCUGUAUUCCUCCACAGCAGAGCGAUCAUUUCACUCCCGCGGUGCCAUCUCUCCCGCAAUCACAACCGCUCCCGGCAGCACCAUCACACUCAUUAUCACCAUCAAAGAUUCCAGAGCACUUCCAGGAAAUCAAGCAGCCAAAUCCACAACAAAUGCAGCUUCCGCGGCGUCGACGGCAGCAGCUCCGAGACUUGCCAGAAUCUUCCCGGAGACCUGAAGAUCUGCCAGCAAAUCCAACUUUAUCCUGCGAAGCAGCCACCGAGCUGCAGAGGAAUUACGAGUGUGAAGACUGCAGCAAGCUCUUUGCCACCAAGGCGUCUCUCAAGGUGCACGCGCUCACGCAUACGGGAGAGAAGCCGUACCAGUGCGCUGAGUGCGGCAAGGCGUUCACCCAGCAGCGCAACUACAAGUACCACAUGUCGGUGCACGCGGGAACGCAAGAGUUCGCGGCGGCGUGUCCCGAGUGCGGCAAGGUGUUCAACAACCGCGGCUACCUCAGCUCGCACAUGAAGAUCCACCGCAACCGCAGGGAGUACGCGUGCGCCGAGUGUGGGCGGCGCUUCAACCAACGUGUCGCCUACACCACGCACAAACGCAUACACACGGGAGAGCGGCCACAUGCCUGCUCCCUCUGCGACAAAGCCUUCACGCGCAAGAUGCUGCUGAACCAGCACAUGCGCACGCACACCGGUGAGAAGCCCUUCAACUGUGAGGUGUGCGGGAAGCGGUUCGCGGACCGCAGCAACAUGAUGCUCCAUCAGCGCCUGCACUCUGGCAUCAGGCCUUACAGCUGCGGAGAGUGCGCCAAGGCGUUCACCAAGAAGCACCACCUCAAGGCGCACAUGUCCUGCCACACGGGGCUGCGGCCGCACGCCUGCGACCGCUGCGGCGCGCGCUUCAGCCAGUCCAGCAACAUGCGCACGCACCGCAAGAAGUGCACAGCGCCGGGUCCGCCACGCGGGGGUGGUGUCGGCGUCGAGGGAUCAACAUACAGAUUCAAGGACACUGUUAGCUGA